AUGCUCUCCACUUCCGCCGUGCAGCGGCGGUACCGCCUGUUUCACCCCGUUCGUCAAAAUGUGCCUUUCCACUUUAACCCUGUUCAGUCAAUCUUCCCGCUCAUCUACGAGAACAACCUCCUCGCCAAACCGCGCCUCAGCUGGAAGGACUAUGAGGGCAGGAAAGAGUUUGAUGCCGAUCACCCGCUCCCCGUUGUUGGGACGCAGCUCAAUGAGCGCACCACUACGCACAAAUGGUCCCAUUGGGAUCAGUACAUCAACCCGCAGAUAACACAGAGCUGGAUGGAUCUGACGCAGUCGCCUGAGUAUGUUGGGCCUCGCAGCGGUCACAACGUCAUCAAGAUGGGAUGGAUGAAGAUUGGCGGUAGCUGGAAGUACUCUCGUAGCUACAACGAUGCGCGGCGUGGUUUUGCCAAGGGGCAGUGGCAGGAGCGGAAAAUGACGCCUCGCUUCAUGCUGGCACCGCGCGUGUCUGCUGGAGGGCCGCGCAACCGGUACGAAGGCAAGGCGUCCUUCUCGCGACUUAACCUCGGCAAACUGCUGUGGGCCGUGGAUACGGGCCGACUAAACCCGAAUGAGACCAUCACCCUGUACCACCUUCGCAUUGCAAAGGUGAUCGCCGAUCGCGAAGUCGUGUGGCCCGGGAUGGUGCUGCUUGCCGGUAACGUGGAGCGUGUACCUUACCCGCUGCACAUCGAGCUGCAGAACGCGUCUGCGAAAGCUAUCCAGCUGCUCGAGGAGGCCGGUGGUUCCUUCACAAAUGUGUACAUGUCUCACGAGGGCCUCUACCAGGAGCUACACCCGGAGGAGUUCCCCACCUUUAUGGAGCAGGAGUUGCCCGAGCGGAAAGGGCUAGAGAACUUUGCAACGAAUUCGCGCAAGCGGGGCUGGCUGGCGCAGUGGUACGAGGACGAGAGCCACUAUGCCCACCCCGGCGCUGGUCGACGCAGUGCACACUACAUCCGCCCGCCGACUGAUCGCGACUUCCCCGCCACGAUCGAGGAAUACGAGCUCGCGAAGCACCACCAGAAGUGGCACCUGAAUCAGCCUGGAAGCGCUACCGUGCUGCCCUGGCACUCUCUCAACACCGCUGACAUGGCACGGCGGUCAGCCGGGCGACUGUAG